AUGGCGGUCGCGCAAGGAGCAGCAGCGAUAUUGGCCAAAUUCGAAGAGGUGUCAACUUACCGCUGGUCAUGCACCGAUCCCUCGCUUCAAUUUGCUGUCGAGAACCCAGCCACUGGAAAGACCAUCACCAAAAUCCAAGCGGGCAAUACCGAAACAACCAACGCAGCUAUCGAAGCCUCACAAGCAGCCUACAUCGCUUGGAAAGCACGUGCCCCAAAUGAGCGAUGCGGUGUUCUGAUGCGCGCAUCAGAUGAAAUUCAAAAGAAUCUGCAGGAGCUGGCUCUCCUGCUGUGCCUCGAGAAUGGAAAGCCGUUCAAGGACGCAAUCAUCGACAUUUUCUUCUUGAUUCAAGUUUUCAAAUACUUUGGAUCGAUCGCGGAUAAGCUACCCUCGGAGUUCUUUGAUCAGGGUAGCAUCUACUCGGCCAUCAUCUAUGAGCCGCUCGGUGUGUGCGCGGGUAUCAUCCCGUUCAACUGGCCUCCUAUCCAUGUUGGAGGCAAGCUGGCUCCUUGUCUGGCUGCUGGAAACACGAUGAUCUUGAAACCAGGCGAGCAGGCGCCGCUGACUGCGAUCCGAAUUGUCGAGAUCCUGCAGGGAGUGUUCCCUCCGGACGUCGUUCAGAUCGUUCCUGGACUGGGACCCGAGGUUCCCCAAGCUCUUGUCAACCACCCCUUGGUCAAGAUGGUAUCAUUCACUGGGUCUUCCGCAGUCGGUGCAAAGGUAGCAUCGGCCGCUGGAUCAACCCUCACAACCACGGCCCUCGAGUUGGGUGGUAAGAAUGCCUUCGUCGUGUUCGAAGAUGCAAACCUUGAUGUCGUGGUUCGCGAUGCUAUCGAAGGCGCCUAUUUCAACAAGGGUGAGGCUUGUACCGCUUCAUCGCGUCUUCUAGUGCACAAGGAUAUCUACCCACAGUUCGUCGAGAAAAUGACCGCCGCAGUGUUGAAGUUGAAGGCAGGCGAUGGCAUCGACGAUACCACACAUGUUGGCCCCGUUGUCUCGCGCGAGCGUAAGCAACAAGUCCUCGAAGCAAUCGAGCUAGCCAAAAGCCAGGGUGCCCGUCUUGCAGCACAGGGAACUGUGUCCACGGAUGCGCAUCUUGCAGAUGGGUUCUUUGUGCCCCCUACCUUGUUCGCCGAUGUGACUCCCGACAUGGCUGUCGCAGUGGAGGAGAUAUUCGGCCCCGUCGCAUGUGUCAGCUCUUUCGAGACUGAGGAUGAGGCAGUUGAAAUUAUCAAUGCUUCGCGUUAUGGCCUGUUUGCGGGUGUCUACUCGACCGAGUUUAGCCGUGCCAUGCGCGUUGCUCGUCGUAUUGAGGCUGGUGUGGUCCUCGUCAACAACUAUUACCGGGGAGUUCUUGGUACGCCAUUCGGCGGUGCUAAGGAUAGUGGACACGGAAGGGAGCACUGGAUUGGAACUCUGCGAGAAUGGAGCUCCAUCAAGAACAUCCGCUACCCCAGUGGAAUGGGCGCCCCUUUGCCCCAGUGGAGGGUUAUUGCGGACGUUUUGUAG